AUGGCACCCUACUCCUCUCCCUCCACGACAGACCUCCUGAUCAUAGGCGCCGGCCCAGCCGGCCUCAUGGCGGCCUGCUGGGCCUCACAAUACACGAACAUGACAACGCGAAUCAUCGACAAGUACCCCAGCCGAACAGCGACCGGGCACGCAGACGGGAUACAGAGCCGAACACUCGAAAUCCUCGAGAGUUUCGGGGUAGUUGAUCCGAUAAUACGGAAAGGUGUGCAACAUGCGGAGAUGUGUUUCUGGGGCUAUGAUAAGCAUACGAGCGGGAUAACGAGGCACAAGAUGGACUCGGCUCAAACGGAUAAGUCGAGAUACAAUAUGGUGUUGCUUAAUCAGGGGAUCAUUGAGCAGAUUAUUCUGGAUUAUUUGGGGUUAGAGCAGGAGGGGAGGGUGGAGGUGGAGUAUGGGAAACAAGCGGAGACGUUGGAGCUGCUAGAGGAAGGGGAGGAUGAGUAUCCGGUUGUUGUUGGGGUGAAGAGGGUUGGCCAGAAUGGGGGUAAUGGGCAUUGCAGUGAUGUUGAGACCAUUCGCGCGCGGUAUGUUAUCGGGUGCGACGGUGCGAGGAGCUGGACCAGAGAGCAGUUGCAGGUACCGAUGCGGGUGUGUUCUGGAGAUACCACUUGGGGCGUUGUGGAUAUCGCCCCGAUCACUGAUUUCCCGGACAUUCGUCAGUCCUGUGCUAUACAUGCCGGGGACCGUGGCAGCAUCAUGACCGCACCUAGGGAGAAUCGGCUGGUUCGCUUUUACAUCUAUCCCAAAGGCGAUGGGAGGCUGAGUGUGGAGGGCAAAGACCGAUCGGAAGUAUCACUUGAUGAGAUUGUGGGAGCCAUGGCGAAAGUCAUGAAGCCCUACUCUUUGACCUAUAAGCACUGCGACUGGUGGUCUAUCUACAAGAUAGGACAACGUUUAGUGGAAACGUAUAGGCCACAUGACAGGAUCUUCCUGGCCGGCGACGCAGCGCAUACGCACUCACCGAAAGGAGGUCAGGGUCUGAACGUGUCGAUGCAGGAUACAUACAACCUAACAUGGAAGCUAUGCUCCGUUAUCACAGGGGAGGCUUCUCCGAGUAUACUCGAUACAUACGAAUUGGAAAGACGACCAGUUGGCGAAGAGCUGCUCAAGCUGGAUACCGAGUUAGUUAAAGCGUACGAACAAGACACGAGCGUCACCGAAGGUGUCGAGCGCGUCCGUGGCCAAUACAUCGACUUCAUGACGGGAACGGGGGUGACAUAUGGCUCGAAUGGUUUGAUCACCGGAAAGAAGGCGGAUACAUCGGUCGCGAAGAAUAUCAAGAUCGGUAUGCGCCUGUCAUCGUAUCCAGUCGUGGGCCAGGCCGACGGGAUCAGCAUGCAGCUGGUUAGCAGGUUGACCAGUAAUGGAGCAUGGAGGCUGCUCGUAUUCCCAGGCGACUUGCGUGAACCUAGCAACCAGAGUCGGCUGGCCAAUUUUGCGAACCAAUUCAACGAGCAACCUCAUCUGCUAUGCCUGCACAAAGACCUGAAAUUGAACCGGUAUUGUCCCCUUCUCGAGACGAUUGUGGUACAUUCCAGCCCGAGAACUUCUGUGAACCUUCUGGAUCUACCGGAAAUAUUUCAUCCAUUCGAUGAGACGUGGGGAUGGGAUUACUCGAGGGUGUUUGCGGACGAUGGCUCAUACGGCGAAGCUUGUGGCCAUGCCUAUGCAAGGUACGGCAUACGAGAAGAGACUGGAUGUCUGGUCCUUUGCCGUCCGGAUCAACAUGUUGCUUGGUUAGGGAGCCUAGGAGAUGUGGAAGCAUUGGACCAGUAUUUUGGUCAAUUCGUCGGGAGGAAGUGA